AUGGCGUCCAAACCUUCAGACUUGACUGUACGCCCUCACUCCCAGUCCUCCUUCCACCCUCCGCCGUCGCGCUCGAGCACUCGUCUGCAGCCGGUACGCUGUCAGUCAUACUGCUGCUCACCGCUGCGGCCGCCGCUCCCGCGCAGCGCUGCCUCCGAUGUUUCCCAUUCGUCUUCUUACAGCGACAAAUCCCUUCAUAGCACCGGUACUGAUGGAGUCUCUUCUGAACAGAGCGACGAAGGUCAGCCUGCGGUGGACUUUGGCGAUCUCGUCGAUAGCGGCACCUUUGAGCAGGUACCCUUCCUCCGAAAAUUCACUCUGAUUUCUGCAAGAAUCGCUGACCGUGCAACAGAUUCUCGAGAUGGACGACGACGAAGAGGAGCGCGAAUUCAGCAAGAGCAUCGUCUACGAUUUCUUUAAUCAAGCCGAGAGCACAUUCGAGAAGAUGCACGAGAAUCUGUAAUCAUUCCCUCCCUCUGAACGCUGGUAUCUGGGAGUCAUUCCUAUAUGCUAAUGUCUGCCUCCAGUGAAAAGAAGGAUCUGGCACAGCUCUCUGCCUUGGGCCAUUUCCUGAAAGGCUCAUCCGCGACGCUGGGACUUACAAAGGUGAAGGACUCCUGCGAGAAGCUCCAGCAUUUCGGGGCCAUGAAGGACGAGACGGGCACUCACGACGAACCUGACAAGGAAAAGUGCAUCGCCAACUGCAAGAAGACGAUUGAACAGGCGCAGAAGGAGUUCAAGGAGGUGGAGAAGCUCCUGAGGAAAUUUUACCAUGACGAGGGCUCCGGUUAG